CGUAAUUUUCAGUUUAGGAUAAUUUUCUUCUUCAUGAUUUCCUUGAACCCUUUUGUCUAUAAACUGAACUGAAUUGAAACUCAGAAACCCAGCUGAGUAACGAAGAUGGCACAAGUGAGGAACAAGCAAGUGCUUCUGAGGAACCAUGUCACAGGUUUUCCAAAAGAAUCCGACAUGAACAUUGUCGAAAGUACCAUAACAUUGAAGCUUCCACAAGGUUCCAAUCUUGUCCUGCUAAAAAAUCUGUACUUGUCCUGUGACCCUUACAUGAGGAAUCUCAUGAACAAACCAGAAGGACCCCCCAAUAGUCGCGCCUACACUCCUGGAUCCCCAUUAACAGGAUAUGGUGUGUCUAAAGUGUUGGAGUCUGGACACCCAAAUUAUAAGGAAGGUGAUUUAGUGUGGGGCUUUACCAAUUGGGAAGAAUAUAGCUUGUUAUCCUCUGCUCAAAUACUAUUCAAAAUUGAGCACACUGAUGUUCCACUUACCUACUACACUGGAAUUCUUGGUAUGCCAGGAGUGACUGCAUAUGCAGGGCUAUUUGAAGUAGGUUCGCUCCAGAAAGGAGACAAAGUUUUUGUCUCAGCUGCCUCUGGUGCAGUUGGUCAACUUGUUGGGCAAUUUGCCAAACUGAAUGACUGUUAUGUUGUUGGAAGUGCAGGAUCUAAAGAGAAGGUGGAUCUACUGACUGAUAAAUUUGGAUUUGAUGGAGGUUUUAAUUACAAGGAAGAGCCUGAUCUUGAUGCAGCUUUGAAAAGGCACUUUCCAGAAGGCAUUGAUGUCUACUUUGAGAAUGUUGGAGGCAAGACACUUGAUGCUGUACUCCUGAACAUGAGACUCCACGGUCGCAUACCUGUCUGUGGAAUGAUCUCACAGUAUAAUCUUACUGAACAUGAAGGGGUAACAAAUUUGGCACAAAUCAUAUAUAAGAGGGUUCGUUUGCAAGGUUUUAACUUCAUGGAUUGGGUUCACCUAUAUCCCAAAUUCUUGGAUUUUCUUCUGCCUAACAUCAGAGAAGGGAAGGUUGUGUAUGUGGAAGACAUAGCUCAGGGUCUUGAGAAUGGUCCCUCAGCUUUGGUUGGCCUUUUCAGUGGCCGCAAUGUUGGAAAACAAGUGCUUGUUGUUUCUCAUGAAUAGAGAAGCAUUUGGUUUUUGUGUUCUCUGUUGAGCUAUCAGUUUUACUUUUGGUUCUUCUGUUUAAAAUCUUACAGUCUUUAUAUAACCUUUGCUGUAUGAUGAUGCUCUCUGUAGUAUCAAUGUAAUCUGCUGUUGUUCCUCUUCAAUAAAAGCAUUUGGUUUUUCUCUGUGUCA